UAAGGAUCUCACAACACUUACUAUUGGAUGUGGAUGCCAGUUUGACGCAUACUCCUUGGAGACAGUCUAGUCUGACUGGUGACCAUGAGGCUGGUUGGAAUGACCUUUCUUCUUUGGAUGAUAGACCUUCUCCAUGCUUUUGCAAUUAUGGAGAAGGAAGACAUAUUCAAGAAAACACCCUGUCCAGCCUUCCUGAUGUUUGACAAUGCUGCCUAUUUGGCCGAUAUGAGUUUUGAGCUCCCUUGCAACUGCAAGCCAGAAGAGAUCACCUCAGUUGUGUGGUACUUCCAGAACAGCCCAGGCAGCCGGGAGACCAAGGUUUUAACAGACUUUGAUGGCACUAUGGUUGUGGACUCAGGCCACAUCCGGGUAGGCAGUGACAUGCUGAAGCGUUUCAGCAUUAGGAUGUUUAGUCUCAUUGUCUUUCGGGCCCAAGUGGAGGAUUCAGGCCACUAUCUUUGUGGCACAAAGCAAGGGGACUUUUUCUACGGCUAUGACGUGGAUGUGCAGCCAUCCAAGUACAUCACUGUGGCCUUCAAAGACAUAGGUCAGCACCCACAAAAGGAUCACAUUGAAAAGCUGUUCAGUCUGUUCACCACCUUUUGGGACUGGACCAAAUGUGACCGCUGCGGGGUACGAGGUGAGCAACGGAGAAUUGGUCUCUGCUACAUGAACAGCACCUACCUCAACCCCAGGUACCGCACCACCUUGGCAGAUGUGGUGUCCUGUGGUUCAAGAUCUGUCCCCAUGCGCUUCCACAGCACCAUUCAGCUCAGGAAGCCGGAGGUUGUCAUCCGAAGCUGCAUGACACCUUGUCCAAAGAAAAAAGCCCCCAAGGAAGGAGUGCUUGCCAUUGCCAACCUUAUUGCAAAACUGGGUGAAAAACCCUGGGUGCCCAAAGUUCCCAUUCAGUUCCACAAGCAGCAGAUAGGAAGCAGUCUGAUUAUCUCUUGCCCUGAAGCCAGGCCAGAGCAUGCAGUGGCUUGGGACAAAGACUUAGCUCCACUAUACCGUACCCACUUCCUCAAGGGAGUCAACAAGAGCAUGCGGAUCUUCAUUGACCAUGGCAAUCACCUGCACAUUCGAUUUGCCCAGCUGAAUGACAGGGGCACUUAUUACUGCUGGCGAGAGAGUCAAAUGAUUGCUGGUUUCCGGCUCUCUGUGGGGUUUCAAAGUCAGCGCAAGCGGACGCUUAACGAUCCUGAGACAAGAUAUGCCAUCAAAGCCAUCCUCACAAGUUAUGUCUUUAUCACCGUAGUUUUCAUUGGCAUCCAUCUCGGCCGCUGCUGCUUUUAUGUGUUCAGAGGCACUUUUGUGGGGUAGCCUUUUCAAUAAG